AUGGAGACUUAUUCUAGUCCAGAAGAUAAGCAAUAUGCCGAUGCUUUAGAGGAUUCUCAGAUCAAGUCUGAGGUUUCAGACCUUGGAUUAGUUGAGUUCGGAGCUUAUUUGGGUGAACAGAGUGAACACUCUAGUCAUAAAGAAAUUGUCCAACUGAUAUAUGAUAGAGCAUUUCACCCAGAAGAUCUUCUUGACUUGAAGGAGUACCUUGAUUCAGAACAUGAACAAAAGAUGUUAAUAGGGAUAGCAGGGGUCUUUCACCUGUUAACUCCUUCAUUAGAAGAGUCCAUGAGUGAGAUACUUUCUCCCUCACUAAAAUCUAUCCUAAAGUCUAUCCUAGGCAAGGACCAUCACUGGGCAAUCCAGAAGAAGAUGAUGAUUUUCGGAGCUAUUCUCAGUGAGAUGUGUGAAGAAGUUUACUGUCAGGCUCACUUCAAGCCCUGGGACUCUGAUGUUAUUGAGCUAGCGAAGGUAUACCUAACCAGCAUAAAUACCACUGUGAAGUGUCUAGGUCUUUCCAUAAUCUCUUCAAUGGUGUUCUACAACAUAUUUGAGUUGUUAGAGAAGAAGGAUAUCAUAAAUCACUGUCUGGGAUGCCUCCAAGAUUGUAGAGAGUCAGCAAUCUCAAGCGAGAGCAUAACUAAGCAAAUAGUUGAGGUAAUUCUCAACAUUGUUAAGAUCUUCGGCAAGAUUUCGCCAGUUUGUCUCAAGAGUAUAAUUUAUGCAUUUGCUAAGCUGCUUAAUGAGGAUCACGAAGAAAGAACUCUUUUCAAAUGUCUUGAAGUCUUAGAAAACUGUCUGAUUAAAAUUCCUUCCAAUAAAGAGCUUGCUGAUGUUAUUGAUGAUAUUUGAAAUAGAGAAGCCGCCAUUGAGCCAGCAGAUCUUUUGAUUGUGAAGUUGAUGAAGGGAGGAAGCCCCCUACUCCAAAAAGUAUCCAUCUCUUUAGUGAACUUGAUGACGAGUGUUAACCCUAAAGUUGUUCCACUUAUGGCAGGGGAGAAGAUACUUGAAUGGUUGACUGAAAAUUUCAGUUGCUUUAGUGAUAAUAGAAGUCAGAUCACUAUCGCUGGGAUUUGCUAUAAUUUUGUAUGUCAUUCUAAAGAGAGCUCAAUGCAUUGCAUUGAUUCAAAUAUCAUGAAGAAAAUACUUGAUUACAACAAUUGCGUUGAGGUUCAUGAAGAGGCAUUGAGAGUGAUGCUAGAGGUAACUCGUUACUUGAGCAAUCAGCUUCUGUCAAAAUUAAAUAGCCAAACACUUUUUAGACACAUUCUGAACCUUAUUAGCUAUGAUUCCCAUGAGAUGAUUCAAGAAGCCAUCCUGAAAAUAAUUGCAAGAUGCCUUGAGAUGGAGGGUAACCUUGAUCCUACCUUAUUAAGACCACUUAAGAGACUAACAUCACAUGAAGAUCGCCACACUGGAGUGAUCUUUACAGACUAUCUUGAUGAGCUGAGGUCUUCGCAAAAUGAAAUAAUUAGAGACCUUUCUGAGGAAGUAGCUUAUCUAUUAAGCUUGUAA